AUGGCGGAUUCACAAGCCUCGCACACAGCAACGAACCACAUGGAGCAAAUACUCCAACGCAUUGACAAGCUAUUUGCCCAAUUCUGGGCCAAGCUGGAGAGGCGAGCGCUACCCACACAGCGACCGAGACAAAGGGAAACCCAGAGGGGCCUAAGCCCAAACACUGAAUGCUACCAAACAGGCGCAAAACCUACCACGAAAACUACCAAGCCAAUGACCAGCCCAUGCAAGCCGAGGACCACAGGGGCGCUUAACGCAGUGAACAACACGUGGGCAUAA